AUGGGUUCGAUAUCAGAGGUCACUGAAAUCACCUCUUCGAUGAGCGAGUCGAUGUUCUCCAAGGCCCCCAAGACGAUGACCACGGCUGAGUACAUCACAUGCGAAGACACGUAUGGAGCGGUGUCUCUCAAACAGCUGCCGCUGGUGUUGACGAGUGCCCGUGGAGCACAUCUCUGGGACCUGGACGGGAAGAAGUACAUCGAUUGCUUGAGUUCAUUUUCGGUUACCAAUCAAGGGCAUUGCCACCCUAAGAUUGUUCAGGCCAUGAUUGAGCAAUGCCAAAAGCUCACAAUCACUUCAAGAGCCUUUCAUAAUGAACACUAUCCUCUUUUGUGUCGCAAGCUAUGCACUCUACUGGGCUAUGAUAUGGCAUUCGCAAUGAACUCGGGAUCUGAAGCAACGGAUACAGCCAUCAAGAUUGCUCGAAAAUGGGGUUACUGUGUCAAAGGAAUUCCCUCAAACCAAGCCAAAAUUCUCACCAUCUCUGGGAACUACCACGGAAAGUUGACGGGACCCUUGUCUGCCUCGGAUAACUCCAAGAUCAGAGAAGGUUUUGGUCCCUAUCUCCCAGGUGUCGGACCCGACAUCGAGGGUCACUUGGUACGAUUCAACAAUCUUGAAGAUAUUGAACAUGUGUUGAAGCACUAUGGGCAUGAAAUUGCCGGUUUGAUGAUAGAGUGUAUACAGGGAUAUGCGGGAUGUCUGGUUCCUGAAGACGGCUACAUCAAAGCAGUUUUCGACCUCUGCAAAGCAUACAAUGUCUUGUUCAUUGCUGAUGAGAUUCAGUCCGGUUUUGGCCGGACUGGAUACUUGAUGGCAUACGAGAAAGAAAAUAUCAAACCUGACAUGGUCACUAUUGGCAAAGCACUAACAGGGGGCGUGUAUGCUAUGGGUAUGGUUCUAGGUUCCCGCGAGGUCAUGGAACAACUUCAGCCUGGACAGCACAGUUCUACAUUCUCAGCAAACCCUGUCGCCAGUGCUGUUGCUCUGGCAGCUGUUGAUGUCGUCCUUGAUGAACGAUUGCCCGAGCGGGCUCUUAAGCUUGGUCAGGCCCUGAACAAGAGGCUUUUAGCCAUCAAGUGUCCCUACACUACAACUAGGAUCACUGGUCGCGGUCUGUUUUUCUCUUUCUCUAUCGAUGAGUCUCAUCCAUCGGGAAGAAUGACAGCGGCCCGACUGGCAAUGGUCAUGCGCGAGCGAGGUGUGCUACUGUAUGCGAACGAAAACCGAAUCAGAAUAGCUCCACCGUUGAUUAUCGAAGAGGAGGAUCUCUGGUUUGCUGUCGAUGUAUUGGACCAGUCUUUACAAGACCUUAUACAUCUAGAAGAUAAUCUUGCAUAA